AUGUCACGACAAGCACAAGUUGAAAAGAUCGAAAAAGAAGAGGCGAAAGAAGAGCUUAAGGAAUUACAAGAGGAAAAAAAGGAAUUGGAGAAACAACUUGAUGAAGAGCUGAAAAAAGGUGAAGAGGCUGACAAUGAUGAGGAUGCAGCUGUACAAAAUAAAAUUGCCGACAGCUUGGAAGCAGAUCUGGAAGAUCUCAACGAAGAGAUCAAGGAAACAAGGGCGAAAGCUGAGGAUAAAGCACAAUAA